AUGUUGAGACGCUGCUCAGUGCUGCUGAAUGAUCCGCCACUGGUGAGCGGUGGCCCGGUCCUGGGCCUGAUGCGGGGCACCGGCACGCGCACAACGAUCCGCCCCUCCAUCAUGGACGCGGAGAUCACGCAGAGCGCGCUGGAGGUGAAGAUGUCAAGCCUGCUGGCGCGUGAAAUGCAAGCGGAGAGGCCGGAAGCGGAGCAUGAGCCUCCGCUGAAGCGCAAGUGGGUGAAGGCGCCCAUCUCUCAGCUGUCGACGGGCAUCUCACGGCGUGACUGGUUCCGUCUGAUGAGCUUCAACAUGAUGACGGACGCAUGGGGGCCCAGCCACACCACACCCGUGGAGGCGGUGCGGGUGCGCGUACCCGAGUUCACGCGCAACCCGGAGUGCGACGACCCCAACGCCUUCUGCGACUACGACCCUUCCAUUGACAAGGAGCUCCCCCCCUUCCUCACGGCGGAGCACCGUCGCAAGCACCUCGUGGAGCUGCUGCGGUGCUACGACCCCGAUAUCGCCUGCUUGAACGAGGUGAAGCGGACUUUUUUCAACACCGAGCUGUGGCGAUACGUGCGCUUCCUCGGCUACGGCACGCUCUACCAGUCCAGCCGUGGUGCCCAGGUGCGGGCACUCCGCAAGGGUGACAAUGCCGCCGCUCCGUCCAACCAGGGCAAGAUCGCCGAGGAGGAGGACAUCGGCAACGUGCUCUUGUUUCACAAGGGCCGCUUCUUCCCGCUCAUGAUGCCAGGUCGCGAUAUCGGCCAGCGCUUCCACUUUGUGCACUUCGUCGGCAUGCGGGACAAGGUGACCAACAUGACCCUCUACGUCGCCUGCGUGCAGCUCACCGCCGGGGCAACAGCAGAGGCGGCCGACGUCCGGCUGCACGAGGCACGACAGGUGCUCACGAUACUUGAUGCCCUCGGCCGAAACGACGCAGAUCGCUCGCAUCAGUCGCACAUCGUCUGUGGUGACCUGAACAAUAAAGCGGACGAUGAGCCGUGCGUGGAGCUCCUGCGCGACCGAUUUUUUUCCACGCAUGACCUGGUUGGCGGUCCCCGCUGGACGGCGUGGCACUACCGAGACGACGCCCGCGCCGCCGCCUAUGACACGUACUACACCAAGAAUGUGGAGCAGGCCCACCGCUCAGACAAAGCCUACAAGGCCGAGGAGGAGAUCCAGCGUUUUCAGCGCAAGGACGCGGGUGGCUACCAUGGCGUCUUCUCCAAAGUGCGGCUUGUGCGGGACGAGAUCGCAGCUCGAGCUCACAAGAAGCAACAGCAGCAGCUGAUGACGCCAAAGGCUGCGCCGGAGGUGGCGACACCGGCGCCAUCGCCAUCACCAGCCCCUGCACCAGCGCCAUCUGACACCGGCAUCAGGGUCGACCAGCUUGCGCUCUUGAAGGAGAGCCGAAAAGCGAAAGGCAUCACGUACAACACACAGGACUUCAUUUUCUACGACCCCAGCACGCUCGCCCUGCAUCAGGUACUGGACGUUCCUGAGGACGAGGAGGUGAACGAGGCGCAACUCUUUCCUAAUCACAAGCUGCCUUCCCACCACCUCCCGCUCCUCAUCGACAUCUCCUGGAUCGACUCCUUCCCCGAUGUCGCCGCACGAACGUUGAAAGACUAG